UCACUCCUCUCCUCUUCUUUCUUAUUUCCUAUAAACCUCCUCCCACUAUCACCAGACCCCUUUCUCCACUCUCCUCCAUUGUAAUCCACAAUCUUAAACCCUAAAAAAACCCUUUUUUUAGCACAAACCACCCAUAAAAAACCCAUCUUUCCCAAUCUCUCUCUCUAUCCCCAUCAUCUCCUUCUCCCUCCCUCCCUCUCUCUCUCUCUCUCUCUCUCUCUCUCUCUCUCUGUGAUUGGUGAGUUCUUUUUGUGUGCCACCCUUUUGUGAGGCUCAAAGAAGGGUGGGAGAGUCAAAAAGUUGAUCCCUUUCCUUCUCUCUCUUUCUCUCUCUUGGUUUUCUCUCUCUAGGAAGAGAGAGAAAGGGUGGAGGAGGGGGGAGAGGAGUAGCUGAGGAGAUGGGGGAAAUGGUGGUGGGGUUUGGCUUUGAAGCAGGGGCCAGGUCCAGUGUGAGCAUGGAGACCACCUGUGGUGCUCUGCUCAGAGAGCUUGAGAUGAUAUGGAAAGAGAUCGGGGAGAGUGAAGAGGAUAAGGAUCGGAUGUUGCUCGAGCUGGAGAUGGAGUGCAUGCGAGCCUACCGCCGGAGAGUCGACGAGGCCAGCGACGAGCGGGCGCAGCUCCACCGCUCGCUGGUCGCGAAAGAAGCCGAGCUCGCCGCUCUCGUCGCUUCUCUCGGCGAAAAUGGCCUCCAUUUGAAGAUGCAGAAAGCGCACAUGUCGUUGAAGGAACAGCUCGCUUCGGUGACGCCACUUUUGGAAGAUCUGAGAGUGAAGAAAGAGGAGCGAAUCAAGCAAUUCUCAGAAGUGCGAUCGCAGAUCGACAAGAUCAGUGCAGAAAUUUCAGGCCAGAAUCUUCAGUACAGUUCCUACGCCGACGAGCUUGACUUGUCAAUAAGAAAGCUUGAUGAGUAUCAGACUCAGCUCCAAAACCUCCAGAAAGAGAAGUCGGAUCGCCUUCAUAAAGUUCUAGAGUAUGUGAACGAGGUCCAUUCUUUGUGCGGCGUUCUCGGAGUGGAUUUUGCAGAAACGGUCAACAACGUGCACCCGAGUUUGAACGAAAGGGAUUCGGAGAAGUCCACGAACAUCAGCGACAGCACCCUCGAAGGCCUUUCUCAGGAAGUUUCGAAGCUCAAAGCCGAAAAGAAGAUUAGGCUUCACAAGUUGCGAGAAGCUGCGAAGUCACUUCAAGAGUUGUGGAACUUGAUGGAUUCUUCUGACGAAGAGAGAAGGCGUUUUGAAAAAGCGGAGCGCAUUCAAGGGUUUUCCGAAGAAGACGUCGUCGGGGAUAGUAUACUAUCACUGGAGACAAUCGAGCAGUCAGAAGCUGAAGUCGAAAGGUUAACAAAACUCAAAUCGGGCAGAAUGAAAGAACUCGUUCUGAAGAGAAGAUCGGAGCUAGAAGACAUUUGCGCAAAUGCGCACAUCGAGCCCGAUACGAGCACGGCGCCUGAGAAAACCGUUGCUUUGAUAGAUUCCGGCCUCGUCGAUCCUUCUGAGCUUCUCGCCAGCAUCGAGGCUCAGAUAGCGAAAGCGAAAGAAGAAUCUCUAGCCAGAAAAGAAAUCAUGGACCGAGUCGCUAAAUGGCUUGCGGCUUGCGACGAAGAAAACUGGCUCGAAGAGUAUAACCAGGACCAAAACAGAUACAGUGCCGGAAGAGGCGCCCACUUGAAUCUGAAACGAGCGGAGAAGGCGAGAGUGCUCGUCGGCAAAAUCCCAGCUAUUGUCGAUAACUUGAUGAUCAAAACAUUCGCCUGGGAAGACGAAAGAAACAUGCCAUUUCAAUACGACGGAGUACGAUUAGUUGCAGUUUUGGAAGAAUACAAACUAACCAGACUACAAAAGGAAGAGGAGAGAAGGCGUCACCGGGACCAAAAGAAGUUGCAGAACCUGUGGCUUACGGAGAAAGAGUUGACGUACGGGUCGAAGCCGAGCCCUAGAAGAAAAACAAAUGGGUAUCACUCGAAGGGGGCUGGGAAUGGAUUCAUGACCCCUAUGCCGCGGAGGAUUUCGGCGGGUGGCGCGACCCCCGAGCUGCUGACGCCGCGCUCCCAUUCCAGCCUGUACAACAGCUACUUUAGAGAGGCGAGGCGGCUGUCGGCCGUGCCGCUCAACUUUGUGGCAGUGCAGAAAGACGAUAGCAUGUCGUCAUUCGCGUCCAUCAGUGGCUCCGAGGCCGGCUCUCCAUAUAGGCAUUACACUUAGGUUUGCUCAAAUUGCAAAAGCUCAAAAUCAAAUCUUCUGCUUUUACUGCAAAGCACAAACUGCUUCAGAAGCCAAGCCAAGCAGGCGCUGCCGUCAUUCUAUCUCAUCAGUCAGUGAUCUUCUUUCUACAGGAAGAUUGUUUAUGGCUGAUCGGUACUUCGAAGGACAGCAGAUCGGUGAAAACACGAAGGUAAUACUCAUAUCAACACUCAUAUCGACGGCGAAUGUACACUAGCUUGGAUUGACGUGAAGGGAAUACUCAUAUCAACACUCAUAUCGACGGCGAAUGUACACUAGGUUGGAUUGACGCGCAAUACCGUAGGAUUCGAAUCAGAGGUUGCAGCAAGAGGCAGCAGAUCAGUAGUGUAUACUUGGAGCAAUUUGAACAUUUCUAUUUGUUGUAAUGGGAACUCAGCAAUGCAAUCCUGUUGGGUGUGGUUCACUUCUGUGUAGAUGAAAAUGUGUUUUCUCUCAGCUUUUAAUUCAAUCAACCUGUGUUUUCGAA